GGCAAGUCCAAGUUGAAGGUGAUCAUAUUAACCUAAUACCUGAUUUUGUGUCUAUCUAAACUCUUACACUUUCAUACUAUCCAUUGCUACAUAAAUUAUGUCUUCCAUUUGCCAAGAUGAAUCAUCAGGGAAGCAAAUGUGGCCAGAACUUGUUGGCGUAGAGGCGAAUACAGCAGCAAUGAUAAUUGAGAAAGAAAAUCCAAAUGUGAAGACUCAGAUCGUGCUUGCGGGUUCCCCCAUAAUCCUUAAUAUUGAUUGUACCCGUGUUUGGCUUUUUGUUAAUAUUAAGAAUAUAGUUGUUGAAAUUCCCCGGGUUGGCUAAUUCAUGGAAUGCUUAUGUGCUACCUAUUAUAUAUGUGCUCCUUCCAAAUAAAUUUCCAUAUUUAUUAUCAUUAUUAUUCU